AUGUUUUCGUUCCAGAGGGCGGCAGUCGGCCGCCUCGCAUGCUCUCGGGCGCUCGCGUACGGCAAGCAGGCCGUGGGCUUGGCGUUUGCGCGCACCUCUCGCGCCGCUUUGUCAGCGACAUCCAUCGCAGCACGCUCUUCCGCACCAACGCCGGAGCCAGAGCAAGCAGCCCCAACAUCAGAACCCGCACCAGCCACACCUUUGCCCGAACAUGAGACGCCUUUGGCCGCGCAGAAGGCGAAGCAUAAGCGCUCGCCGCCACCGCCUUCCUCAUCCUCGAGGGCAGCGAGCGACAAGCGCGCCCCGCGUUCUCCUUCGUCCUCGGCCGCAUCAUCUUCCGCCUCCUCCUCGACUUCUUCUGCGAAGGCCAAAGCGAGAGCUGAGGCAGGUGCCACCACCGCGGCACAGAACACCGCGAAGAUGACGGAUGGGCCAAAGCACGGCGUGACACCAACGCCAACGGGCCCCUCUUGCCCGCUUGUUCCCUCGGACAAGGACGGCAACAUGCACGCAUCCCGCGACGUGCACGACAACCCGGACGUUGCCCGCUCCAUCUUUGAUGCCAUGUGGCGCCGCUUGGAGAAGCAAUUUGGCCGCCACAACCUGCACUUUCCAAAGGAGACCAUCUUCCUGAACGGCGCACCCGGGAGCGGGAAGGGAACCAUGGCCGAGUAUCUGUGCAAAGACAGGCAUCUUGUUCACAUUGCGACAUCAGACCUGCUCCAGAGCCCGCAGAUGCUUGAGAUGAAGAAGAAAGGCAAGCUGGUUGAUGAUGGUGAGGUGUUCUUCCUCCUCGCUCGAACCAUGCUCCAGCCAAAGAACAAGUUUGGCGUCGUUGUCGACGGCUUUCCCCGCACCAGAGUGCAGGUGGAGUGCGUGAAACUGUUGCACGAGAAGAUGAUUGAACUGAACCGCGAGUUCCACAACACCGAUCUGAGCGAGCACUUUCCCCGCCCAAAGUUCCACAUGGUCAUGCUGUACAUCGAGGAAGAGGAGAGCAUCAAGCGGCAGAUGAUUCGCGGAGCAAAAAUUGCGCUCCACAACGACAUGGUGCUCAAGUCUGGCGAGGGCGAGGUGAAGGAGGCGCGAAACACAGACCAGAACGACCAGCUCGCACGCGAGCGAUACAGAAUCUUCAGGGAGAAUGGGUACGAGCCGCUGAAGACGCUUCGUAGUUUCUUUAACUAUCACUUCAUUGCUGCCGACGGCACCGUCGAGGAGGUGCGCAAGCGCGUGGAGAAAGAGUUCCAAUACCAGAGCUCGCUCGAGUUGCAAGACAGCACAUAUGAAGUGUUGGACACGCUGCCACGCGCUGAGGACUUGACAAAGUUUUACCGUCAGACGCUCGUGAAGGACCUCGACGACUUCCAGGCGCGCCACCCGAAGCUGCUGAAGCAGGUGAUCCAGGUUGUGCAGUCUGAGUUCUUCCCUCAGAUCCGGCUGUGCACGAGCAGCGGACACGUGCACGUGCGCACAGACAACGAGAUCUUCUUCGCCCACAAGAAGGCGCUGAAAAUGGCCAUUUGCCUCCUCAGCGAACGCGGCUUUGAGGUGUCUGUGAGCCGGGAGAGCGAGCGCGAAUAUCACAGCGUCGAUCCCGACACACACGAGCUGCUCUAUGACGUGAAGCAGUCGUAUGUGUUUGAGAUUGGUUUCCCAAAGGCAACCAUGUAA